CCAGCAGCGCCCCGGCCGCCGCCGCCUCCCCCCCCCUCGGCAAGCGCAGCCGCUGGUCCCCGGGGAGUCAGAAAGUUUGUUCUUCUCUCUAGGGGGCAUUUUUCUUUUGGCAGCCGCGGGGACGGGCUGGUCCCUCCCAGGCAGUUGCUGGCACCGGGAGUGGGGACAGGGCAGCUGCUGCGACUCUCCCCCGGGCCACGCUCGUUCCUCCUCCUCCCACCCAACCUGUCUGGGCAUCCCCCCAUUCCCAUAACAUCCCGCACGCGUGGCGCUGACAGCGCGUAGGGCCCCUCCGCCCGCACGCCUCCUGCCCACUCACCCCGUAGGUCGGGCACCCGGGGCUCCCUCUUGCUGAUUGGCUGGAGGGGCAAACCCUCUCCAGCCUGGGGAGCCUGCACUGAGGACCAGCAUCACUUGGACCCUGGGUGAAGCCAUCCCUGGAAAGUCUCUCUCUGCAGUUUCCAGGACAGUUUGGUUGUAACUAAAGAGCAGCUGUACUAGAUCUUGGUCACUGAACUUGAAGCAAUCUUUGGAUACAUGCUUCUACAAACUUGGUGAAGAUACACUACAAACAGCGCCUAAUGAACUGUGUGUGGACUCUGCAUUCAGUAACAGUCAGAUUCUCCCAUCGCAAGAUGUUAUUACUACAGUAGUAGGAUACAUUCCUAUUUGAAGUCAGUCAGCAACAAAAGGAACCAGUUUAAACGAUGGCUGCAGCUGCUGAUGGUUUGGGAAGUACAACUAUAGAUACCACACAACUUAAUAUGUCAGUCACUGAUCCAACAGCUUGGGCUACCGCUAUGAAUAACCUCGGGAUGGUUCCAGUAGGAUUAGCUGGACAACAGCUUGUGACGGAUUCAAUCUGUGUACCAGGCUUUGAUCCAAGCCUCAGCAUGAUGACUGGAAUAACUCCAAUUAACCCGAUGAUACCAGGCAUGGGGUUAGUACCGCCGCCACCACCAACAGAUGUGCCUGUAGUCAAAGAAAUAAUUCACUGCAAAAGCUGUACACUCUUCCCUCCAAACCCAAAUCUUCCACCACCUUCCACGAGAGAGAGACCUCCUGGGUGUAAGACUGUGUUUGUUGGCGGUUUACCAGAAAAUGCUACUGAGGAAAUUAUUCAGGAAGUCUUUGAGCAGUGUGGAGAUAUUACAGCUAUUCGGAAAAGCAAGAAGAAUUUUUGUCACAUUCGUUUUGCAGAGGAGUUCAUGGUUGAUAAAGCCAUUUACCUUUCUGGUUACCGCAUGAGAUUAGGAUCUAGCACAGACAAAAAGGAUUCAGGUCGCCUUCAUGUUGAUUUUGCUCAGGCAAGAGAUGACUUUUAUGAAUGGGAAUGCAAACAAAGAAUGCUAGCCAGAGAAGAACGUCAUAGGCGCAAAAUGGAAGAAGACCGACUACGACCUCCCUCUCCUCCGGCAAUAAUGCAUUAUUCUGAACACGAAGCUACUUUGCUGGCUGAAAAAUUGAAAGAUGACAGCAAAUUUUCAGAGGCCAUCACAGUGCUGCUUACCUGGAUUGAGCGAGGCGAGGUGAAUCGUCGCUCCGCAAAUCAAUUCUAUUCAAUGGUGCAGUCAGCAAAUAGCCACGUUCGCCGACUUAUGAAUGAGAAAGCCACUCAUGAACAAGAAAUGGAACAAGCCAAGGAGAGUUUUAAAAAUGCCUUAACAGGGAUCCUCACUCAAUUUGAGCAGAUUGUGGCCGUUUUCAACGCUUCUACCAGACAAAAAGCUUGGGACCAUUUCUCGAAAGCUCAGCGAAAGAACAUAGACAUUUGGCGAAAGCAUUCUGAGGAGCUCCGGAAUGCUCACAGCGAACAGCUUAUGGGGAUCCGCCGUGAAGAGGAGAUGGAAAUGUCUGAUGAUGACAGCGGUGACAAUCCCAGUAAAAAGCUGAGAGUAGAUGAAUCAGCUCUAACUGCCCAAGCUUAUGCACUGAAGGAAGAGAAUGACAGCCUCCGAUGGCAGCUGGAUGCUUACAGAAAUGAGGUGGAGCUUCUUAAACAGGAGAAAGGUCAACUCUUUCGGACCGAAGAAAGUCUCACAAAGGACCAACAGUUGAAAUUCCUGCAGCAGACAAUGCAAGGCAUGCAGCAGCAAUUGCUGAGUAUACAGGAAGAAUUAAAUAACAAAAAAUCCGAACUGGAGCAAGCAAAAGAAGAACAAACACAUACACAAGCCAGGCUUAAAGUUCUUCAGGAGCAGUUAAAAAGUGCCAAGGAGUUAGCAGAGAUCAACGGCCAUGACGAAUCUCAGGCAAAUUAUGUACCUUCAGUCAUGUCUAAUAAAGAGGCAGCGGUGACAAAAUUGGCACCUACUAUAUACAGGAAAUUCCUCUGCUUGCAGCAGUUGGGGAAACAGUGCUUCAAAAAGGAAAUCAAUGUGUUGACAGUAGCAUUGGUCAACCAAGAGAGAGAAAAAAAUUCUGAGAAACGAAGCCAAGGUCUAAAAUCAGAGAAAGAGGCACUGUUAAUAGGUAUCAUAUCUACAUUUCUUCAUGUGCAUCCUUUCGGCGCCAAUAUAGAAUACCUUUGGUCUUACAUGCAACAGCUGGACUCUAGGAUCUCUGCAAAUGAAAUAGAAAUGCUUUUGAUGAGAUUGCCACGCAUGUUUAAACAAGAGUUCACUGGUGUAGGAGCAACAUUGGAAAAGAGGUGGAAGUUUUGUGCCUUUGAAGGAAUUAAAACUACCUGACUGUGAAUAGUAAAGAAGUAUACAGAAGAAGAAUUCCUAAAGCAUGGCAGGGUUACAAAGUAUUAAAGUAUGAAAUUUGGUUUUGGCACACAGAAGUACGUUUUCAAAGUUAUCCAAGCCUAAUUUUAGUUACAUUUGUGACGUUCUCUUGUGAGUGGAAAUGUGGUUGUGCACCAGUUCCUAAAAAUAUAAAAUAUUUUAAAAUGUGACACAUCUGUUUCCUAUGAAAACUGAAGAAAGAUACCACAGUCAUAACGAUGUCAAGAUAUUAACGUGCUACAUCUAAGAAUAGCUCACUGAGCAAAUGGAUAAGGGAAAAGAUUGCCUAGUUAUGGUUGCUAAGCUACAGCAAUGUAUAUGUAAUAUAUAGCAGAAAUCAUUACAUUAUGUUCCUGAAAGUCUUUCCGUUAAGUAAGUAAUUGUACAGUGAGAAAAAUUAUACCAAAAGAAAACUUGAAGAUGUGUCUGAGCAGUUAUUGUCUUUUGUAAAUUAAGUUAUAUGCUGUUCCAGGGAUUUUUGCCUUAUUGAAAGAGGCCUGAAAAUGUGAUUGGACUUCUCGAGAAUGCUUUAUCAAGAAUAUUAUUUUUCUAAUGUAACUAUUCUUCAUUAUAAGUUCCUUUAACAUGGAUUGCAUAUCAAUUUUCAUAAAUAUGUAAAUAAAAAGGAAACCAGUGUUACUGUAUUGUAUUUGGUAUGUAACAUUCAGGUUUAUGCAUCAAAAUAAAUAUUCAGUUCAUUACUGUUAAGAAUUUUAUAGCAAAUAUAUUAAUUUUUUUUCAAUAAAUAUGACUUCUACCAUA